AUGGGGCAGAGGAGGCAGCACGGUUCCACCAGCCGCGGCAGGCAAGGCGAGCACCCUUAUUUCUCUACUAGGUUGCUACUCGACGCUCGCCCGGCCAACAACUGCACGUUCGGGCCUGGCACCUGGGGAACCUGCAAGGACCAGCCCCGUCGGAUAUCGAUUCUCCACGACCUCACUAUAGCAGACUAG